AAAAAAAAAAAAAGAAGAAAAUUGCGUGUAAAAUCAGAAACAGAGGAGAGAUGUGAGGAGGAAGAGGCGACGGUGAAAGAAAAAGCAGAAGGGAGUCCACCAGCGAAGAACACAUUCUCUCGUGACUGCUACACUCUGUUGCUGGAGCAACGACGAACACGCAAAAAGCUUCGACACAAAUCUCUGCCGACUGAUCAACAAAUGUCCUCUGGAACGGAGAGAGUUAGGCAUCUUAUUCUCUCUUGCACGUGGUAUUAGUCCGUUAUUAGUGCUGAGGCUUGGAUUAUGAUAACAACACUGAGCACUUUUCUCCUAAGGAAACAGUGGUUUUUAAGCUGUCAAUUUUGUACCAUAAUACUGGCUCUUUGCUGUAUAUUUUAUUAAAGUCUCAAGGGGGAAAUUGGAUUCAUGCAAUUGAUUAAGGUUACAUGUCAAAGUGAGAUGGUGCAUAGUUUCCAGUAAAGAGCAAGUUCAUUUGAUGUGAUGGGUAAAGAGAAUUUAUCACAAACAAUUAAUAGUGGAAUAAGUAAUGAUGGUGGUUCACCUGUUGAGAGUGAAAAUUUUGGGAUGUAUUCACAACACAGUCUAGACAAAGAGUCUGGGCUGGAGACUUGUCGAGUAUGCCAAUGUGCUGAAUCUGACAAAAAGGGAGAUACUGCAUUGGGAUUUUUGGGCAUCACUCCACCAGUUCAAGAAGCACGUAAAAGCAAUGGAGGAGUAAAGCCUGAUGGCAAGGAAGGCCUGAAAGAUAUUGACAGUGAUUCCCUUGCCAAAAAUAAUGGAAGAGAAUCUGGGUUUGUUGAAUUCAUAAGCCCAGAAGGGGAGGUUUUCAUUUGUGAUACUGAUUUAGAAAUGGGCUCAUGUCACCAUUAUGAUGCAUUGAUUGAGCUUGGCUGUUCUUGCAAAAAUGACCUUGCACUAGUGCACUAUGCUUGUGCACUCAAAUGGUUUAUUAAUCAUGGUUCCACUGUUUGUGAAAUCUGUGGACAGGUUGCUAAAAAUAUCAGGACUUCUGACUUAAAAAAAAUUGUGGUUUCAUUGAAGGAUUAUGAAGCAUUAAGGGAAAGGACUGCCAGUGGGGAUCCCAAUCCUUCACAGGUGCAUGCAAAUUCAGGUGUGGAUCCUGAUGCAAUUGCGGCUAUUCGAAGACAAAGACUGAGUGAAAUUUCAUUGUGGUUUUGUCCGCACAACAAUAACAGUAAUUAUCACAAUACUUCUGCUACACUAUCACAGGUUGCUUCUGAACAAACUUUGAGUACUGCUAGGGAAGAUGCUAUCCCUGUUGAAAACCCUGCGACCAAAUGGGCUGUUGAAGGUACUGGAAUUUUGCUUGCUACAGGUCUGCUUACUGUUACUCUGGCAUGGCUCAUUGCUCCUCGUGUUGGAAAGAAAACUGCAAAAAGUGGUCUUCACAUCCUCCUUGGGGGCAUUUGUGCUUUGACGGUUGUGGUUUUCUUCCGCUUCAUUGUGCUCACUAGAAUCAAGUAUGGACCUGCACGGUACUGGGCAAUCUUGUUCGUCUUCUGGUUUCUUGUGUUUGGGAUAUGGGCUUCACGAACGCAUGCAGCUCACACAACAUGAUGCAACUCUUGGUGCCUUGUUGAUGCACGUAAAUUCAGUAUAUUCUUUUUGUCCAUUAAAUAGUUCGAAUGGCUGUCAAAAAUAGUAAAAUUCUCUAGAACUUGAACAUGGUGCAAGUUUCAGUUUUGUUGAUGGUUUCUUCUGUAAACCACGCUGAGGUGCUGAACGUUGAUAUGCCAUCAUUUUUAGAAGUCCGGUUGUGGAUAAUUUGAUUUUUUUAAAAAUGAUUAUUUCUUUUCCAAGAAAAACUUUCCAAUCUUCCCUGUUGAAAUCAUCUGUUUAGUUCUUUGGUGGCAUGCAAGAACUUUGAAAUCCGAAGUUAGAGAAUGAGAGAAAGAAUUGACCCAAGAGCUUAUUGGCUGCUUGCUUGGGAAGGAGCUUAGAGGCAAGGUUACCGGAGCAUUUAUUAGUUAACUUGGAGUUGGAACUAGGUUCUUAGCUAUGACCAAACGUUAAGUAUACUUUCUUUAAACUGCUUUCAUAAAAAUAUUAUUGAAAUUGUGUUAGACUUCUAUACAUAAUGUCUCUGUUUGAUGACAAGGUCUUUAAACAUAUUAUUUAUAUAUUAUGUUACUUCUGUAAGUACUUUUUAAUUGAAGGGAAAGCAAAUGAUUUGCUAAA